UUGGAGCAAGACUUGAAGCGGCUCUGACCAGAUAUCAGUAGGCUGAGAUAGAUGGCAAGCGGUUGUCAUUUUUAUGCCACUGGAAAGAAAUCCUCUGAUGCGAAUCUCGUGGAUGACGCUUGAUGUGACGUUUACAUCAAAAAGUGCGACUUAAACUAAGUUUGGAUAUAUGUUUUUCUUUUUUUCACCACUUAGAAACGCCGAGGAGCUGGUAGUGAAAGUUUGGAGACAUUUCGAGAGUCAUUAAAAAGUUAGAAGAAACAUUUUGGGACGUUUUGUGUCGGUCGUGUUGAGAGAUGUCUGAAUCAGAGAAGAAUGAAAACAUUCCCGAAGCGUCUGCAAGAAAAGGAAAUUCAGACACAGGGAAUACAGCAAAAAGCGAAGAGGAUUUUAACUUGGCUGCCAUCUAUGUGUCAGAUGCCCAGUACAACAGAAAUGUCUACUUUGACACAUCACCUCAGGCUGUCAGACUGUAUAUGCUCUAUAAUCAUUGGGCCCUAAAGGUACUCCUCUACUUCUUCAUGCUGGUCAAUCUGUCUCUUGCCAUCUUCGAGGAUCCAGCUGUAUACCCUCUGCCUAUAUGGGCCACCAUGCUGGUGGAGAUACUCUGUCUGCUCAUCUUCACCAUUCGAGUCAUUCACUAUGCCAAGGUGAUUCUCCGUGACAAGUUCUGGAAAGAUCCCAAAAAUAUCUGCAUCAUUGUCAUCCUCACGCUCACUUUGGUUGAUAUGAUCAUUUAUGGAGCAUUGAAAGCUGCAAAUUAUUAUGGUGUUCGCUGGUCCAGAGUCCUGCGGCCGCUUCUACUGGUCAACGUCACAGAGGGACGGCAGCUCCGCAGAGCAUUCAGGAGCAUCCGUAAUGCUCUGCCUCAGAUUUUCUACGUCUUCCUGCUCUUCAUGUUCAGUAUCCUCAUCUUCGCCCUCAUGGCGCUGAAGUUGCUGGGCAAACGAGGUUUGACGAACAUAAAUGGAACACCAUAUUUCACCAGCUACCUGGAAAUCAUGUUUGACUUGUACGUCCUCGUCACCACGGCCAAUAGCCCUGACGUCAUGAUGCCAGCAUACAACUCCAACUUCUUCUUCGCAGUCUUCUUCAUUGUGUACAUCCUUAUCAACACUUACAUCUUCAUGUCCGUCUUCCUGGCUGUCGUAUACAACAACUAUAAAAAAUACUUGAAGGAAGAGGUACGGCAGCUAGUGAGAGCUAAGAGGCACAAGAUGGUGCGAGCAUUUGGUGUUCUACAGGAGCAAAGGGAGGAGGGCGGCGAGCCAGUGGUGACCCAGGCCAGCUGGAACCAACUGGUCCGACUGGUCCAACCCAACCUUAGUAAUGCUCACAGAGAGCUGCUAUGGAGCGUCUCUGAUGACAAGAACCAAGGGGCCAUUGGUAAGGUGGCAUUUGUCCAGCUUGCUGACCUCUUGAAUAUUGAAAUAAUAACAAUUAAGUCAAGACCUCAUCCACUUCAAAGUUUGUGCCCUUCCCUCUACCAGUCAGCCCCCAGCAAACUCCUAUGCCAGCUGGUCCAACACCGGGCCUUUGUUAUGGUAUAUGACCUGAUCAUACUGGUGAAUGCUGUUUUCAUCGGUCUUGAUGAGGAGAAUCCAAUGAUUGCAAAUUCAGAGUGGGUUUUUCUGGCUCUGUAUAUUCUGGAGAUUCUGCUGAAGCUGUAUGUGUUUGAGCCCAGAGUGUUCUUCUCCAAACACAGUUUUUGGAACUGGUUUGACACAAUCAUUGUCAUCUCUGCUCUUGUUGCCACCAUCGUAAACUCUGUGAUGAAGUCAUCGAGUCAUUUCUCCAGCCGACAAAUCUUGGACAUUGUUUUCAUUCUACGAGUCCUCAGACUGAUACGGGUGGUGGACAGCAUCAAAAGGUUUCGUACAAUCAUCAACACCCUGAUCAGGAUUGGACCAGCAAUCCUCACAUUUGGACAGCUUAUCAUUGUGGUGUACUACAUUUUUGCCAUGGUGGGGAUGGAGCUCUUUAAAGGGAAGGUGACGUUUUAUGAACAGAGCUCCACCGAUCCAGCAAAGGCAUAUUGUGGUAAUCCUCUGCUGAAUGGAACAGACUUUGCAAAGCUCAACUAUUGCAAGAAUAACUUCAACGAUGUGGUCUCCUCCUUCAUCCUGCUGGUUGAGCUUACCGUGGUCAACCAAUGGCAUGUUCUCAGCAGCGGCUUUGCCACCGUCACCCACAUUUCGGCCAGGAUCUUUUUUGUCCUCUUCCACGUCAUAGUCGUCAUCGUCAUUCUCAAUAUCUUCGUGGCGUUUGUCCUUGAGGCGUUCUUUGUGGAGUACUCUGUGGAUAAAAGUGACUUGCAGACAUCUUUGGAGAGGAAGAUUGAAGAACUGGAGCUUGCUGUGGCACAGGAGAUGAUGGAGGACAACUUGGUGAACGCCAUGGAAACUAUUGACAAUGACCUGGGAGGCAGCCAGUCAGCAAAACCAAACUUACCGUCCCUGAUGUUUAAAAUUGCUUCAAAAAGAUAUCGAACAGUGGACGCCUUGUUACAGCGGAUAUUUGAGGCUGAUCUGGACCCUGAAGAUUUUGCUGAGAAUGACGAUCCUGAAGCUACGGGCAACGAGAAUUUUGCAAAUCCCUUAUUCAGCCAUGCAUAGGCAUUUGUAAACAUGUAUGAAUGGAUACAAACUGUAGUCAUUUUACACUUUCAGAAAUGUUGAAAUCUGAUGUUUAUCCAGUGCAGUGUGUCAACAAUAUGAUUGGGUGCUAAUCAGUCUUAUCUAGUGUUAAAUGUUCAUAUUUCUGUCCUGUAUCUUUGUGUAAAAAUGCAAGAAAACCAGAAUUUUCACAUAAAGAAUUCUUGCACAGAAGCCUGAUUUGUUCAAAAAUGCUUUUAGACCUUUGUUUUUUGUUUUGUUUUGUUUUUUAAAAGUCUUAAUUGAAGCUAUAUAUUCUAUAUAUAUAUAUUUUAUAUAUUUUCAGUUUAAAAAAAAAGUCACUAGGCUUACAAUACAAGCAUAAUGCGAAGUAUGUGUGACGAAUCACACUUUUCUGUUUGCCAAAUUGAUAUACAGGUCUGGGUUUUCCAUUGCCAGGAGACUUGUCUGACUACAUUUGUACCAAGUGUAAAGAAGGAGGGGAGAUAAUUUAUUUGUUUUUGUUUUUGUUGUUACUGUUGUCUGGGUUUUUUUGUUUUGUUUUUUUUUUUGGAGGGGGGGUGGGGGGGACCCCAUAGUUUCAGUGAAAGGAGCUCUUAAUAUUUCAGCAUACCAAAACAUUUUCCAAAAAUUUCCUGCUCGCAACUUUGUGGGCGGGAAUAGGGGGAUGGUUCCUUCCUGUUUCAACAUUUCAACAUGAUUGUGCAGCAGUGCACAGGACUAGGUCCAUGGAGACAUGGCUGAGUGAAGCUGGUGUGUAAGAACUUGACUGAACCGCACAGCUUUCUGACCUCAACCAAAAGAACACCUUUGCCAUGUUUACACUGGAGACUGUGAGCCAGGCCUUCUCGUCCAGCAUCAGUGUCUGACCUCACAAAGGUGCUUUUGGAAGACUGGCCAAAGAUUUCCAUAAACACACUCCCAAACCUUAUGGGAAGCCUUCCCCUAAGCUGCAAAGGAUUGGAAGACAUCAUAUUAAACCCUGUGGAUAAAGAGUACGAUGUCACUCAAUGAUUAUAUGUGUGUGAAAACAGACAACAGAUGGCAAUAUGUAAAAUUGGCAAAUGAGGCCUCUGUUAAUCCCUGGAAUAUGCUGGAAAAUAUGUUGAUGCCCCUUGAAAAGUAGAAAGAAUGACUUCAUCAUCAUUCUUUCUUACUGUAAUAUGUUCUUAUGUGUAUAUGUACUCUGACCUACCCAGAUAAACAUUUCACGAACAGUCACACAUACGAUAAUUAACAUCUGCAUUAAAAAAAAAAGAUUGGAUUUUUUUGAGUGUGUGUGUGUGAGAGAGAGAGAGAGAGUGAGUAUAUAUAUCAUGUUCAUCAUCCCCCUGCAAAUGUAAAGUUACUGUAUGUGUUGUUCUCUAUUUGCGUUAACAAAUUUGUAACCACCACAGAAUACACACAUUCACAACUAAGUGCGUAAUGAGGUAUUUGAAAAAGUGCUCUGCCCGCAAGGCUAAUUAAUAAGAACCAUAGUUAGUGUCAACCAGAACUAUUUUCUUUUGCUGCCUAAUGUAUAAUUCCUUAUUGCUGCAAAGAAAAAGGAAAGAGUCUAUUUCCAAAGUAGGAGAUGACCAUUAGCGAUAUGGUUAGCCUGCCAAACCUAACGUGUUAAGUUGUUGUGAUGUCUUGCAAUGGAUGACAGGUUGGUGAUUGUUUCAUCUGUCCUCAAGCCCAACAUUCACAUCAAAACAAAUCAGGGAGUCAUAGUUUAUUUAUUAGCUAGAAAUAUGUUCACUUUGUAGCUCAGUCCUGUGAAAAAGAGUUUUUGCUGUGCUUUAUGCAGUUCUGUGAAAAAAUAAGUACAACCUUACUGCUUCCAUAAGAAUUAAGAGGGUUAGGUGCCAGCCACGUCCUGUAA